AUGGCAGGCAUUGCUGGUGCAGCUUGUUCUUCUAAUGUACUGUUUAGAAGCAUAGAAGUGGGAAACAAUGGAGCUUCUCUGGCUCAAUAUAGUGGGCUUAGACCAGUUGAGAACAUGCAAAUGGCUCCAACUGGGAGUAAGCCAAGUGGGUCCAUUUCUACUUCAGCUCCAAAAUCAAGAACAACUAGAGCCAUGGUAUCUCAAACUGUUUCAGCUCCCAAGCGUGAAAAAGAUCCCAAGAAACGAAUUGUCAUUACAGGAAUGGGACUAGUCUCAGUUUUUGGUAGUGACAUUGAUACAUUCUAUAACAAACUCCUCGAGGGAGAGAGUGGGAUCAGCGUAAUUGAUAGGUUUGAUGCUUCGAGUUUCUCUGUUCGGUUCGCCGGUCAGAUUCGUGAUUUUUCUUCCAAAGGAUACAUUGACGGGAAAAAUGAUCGCCGUCUUGAUGAUUGCUGGAGGUACAGUCUAGUUGCUGGCAAGAAGGCCCUUGAAGAUGCCAACCUUGGCUCUGAAGUGCUUGAAAAUAUGGACAGAACAAGAAUUGGAGUGCUGGUAGGAACAGGCAUGGGAGGCUUGACAGCUUUUAGUAAUGGAGUUGAAUCUCUUGUCCAAAAGGGAUAUAAGAAGAUAUCUCCAUUCUUCAUCCCUUAUUCCAUCACCAACAUGGGCUCAGCAUUAUUAGCUAUAGACACAGGGUUAAUGGGCCCUACUUACUCCAUCUCCACUGCUUGCGCGACCGCAAAUUACUGCUUCUACUCAGCUGCUAAUCAUAUUAGAAGAGGUGAAGCAGAUAUCAUGGUAGCUGGGGGAACUGAGGCUGCAAUCAUUCCUACUGGUGUUGGUGGUUUUAUAGCUUGCAGAGCACUGUCUCAAAGAAAUGAAGACCCUAAGAAAGCUUCAAGGCCUUGGGACAAGGAUCGUGAUGGUUUUGUCAUGGGAGAAGGCUCUGGUGUGCUGAUAAUGGAGAGCUUAGAGCAUGCAAUGAAAAGAGGGGCCAAUAUAGUUGCGGAAUAUCUAGGAGGUGCUGUAACUUGUGAUGCUCAUCACAUGACAGAUCCCCGUUCAGAUGGCCUUGGAGUUUCAACCUGCAUAACCAAAAGUAUGGAAGAUGCCAGAAUUUCCCCUGAGGAGGUGAACUAUGUUAAUGCUCAUGCAACAUCAACACUAGCAGGGGAUUUGGCUGAGGUUAAUGCAAUCAAGAAAGUCUUUAAGAACACUUCUGAGAUCAAGAUGAAUGGGACCAAGUCAAUGAUUGGACAUGGACUUGGUGCUGCUGGUGGCUUAGAAGCCAUAGCAACUAUAAAAGCCAUCAACACCGGAUGGCUUCACCCAUCCAUCAAUCAAGAUAACAUUGAGCCUGGUGUUACAAUUGACACUGUUCCCAACGUGAAGAAGCGACAUGAAGUUAAUGUUGGAAUCUCAAAUUCAUUUGGCUUUGGAGGGCACAAUUCAGUGGUCGUUUUUGCUCCCUUCACACCCUAA